AUGGAUGAUUGCAUGCGGCCGAGCGGACGAUGGGAAGAAUGCGAAAAAGAGGGCACCGCCCCGAUCGAUGGACAUCGGCAUCAGCACAUCACCGCCAGAUGCUGGCUGGAGGCUGAAGAGGAGAAGCGUGUGUGUCUGCUCUCUCUUUCUCUGCCUCCUUCUGUCCCGCGCGCUAUGUGUUCUUGCCUCGAAACGCGGCUGCAACAAGUCACCUCAACUGAUGCCGGUGGAUUCGAUGGGCGUUGGUCCGCGGGCGGUCGCGCGAUCCUGCAGGGCGGUUCUGUGGUUGAGGAAUGGGUCACGGACUCGGAGCUAAGAGGAGUCUCCACUUCGAUGGACAUCUGGGAAGUCGAGUGGAGAGCUGGGGGACCAACCCAGAGCCCGCCACGAGGUCGCCGAUUGGCGAGGAUGGCCUUAGCCUUUGUUGCUUGGCCCUGGAGCCAUGCCAUGGAGAGAGGUGGGGAUGAAGAACUUCAACUGCAGGUUACGCUCUGCAUUCUUGUUCUGCGCCCUGCGGCGUGCGAGUCGACGGCUGAGAUACUCGGGACUGCCGGCAGUAUUGGCACUGACCGCUCUCGGCUCACGAUCUUGAGAGAGUCGGUAUCGCAACCUACUUCGUCGUAG